CGUCUUCACAAUUUGAUUUCGCGCGCAACACGCCAAGAAUCACCCCUCGCUUUCCUCGGUUGCUUUUUAAAUUCUACUCUGGUUUGACUGGCAUUUUACAAACAACAUCCACAAUCCCAGUCAGCCUCCUUUGCACUCUGUCUCGAACCGGGUCUGGAACUAGUGUUAGCCUUAUUCGAUAUUGACUUGAUCCACGGCAGAUCGCAACGUCAUUUGUCAUAAGCUACCUUAACUACCUUACCUACCUACCUAGGUACCUACCUACCGUCAUCAAUACCACCACCGUAAAUAGCAUUGGUGGCCUCUCGCAUCGGCGAACUUACUUGGGUUUCUACCUAGAUGGCAACCUAGAGAAUAGUCAUUCAUUGAAGAAGCCGUCGUACCAAAGGCCACCAACGCAGGUGUGAUUUUGUGAUUGGCCGAGACCUGAGGUGCCAGCCGUUGGUUCAGUCAGCCGCCCGUCUCUGUACCAGACAGACAAUCACUGCUUACCUACCUGCCCGCCCACCUACCUUGCUGGUUGGCCAUCACAUUUCAGCUCCCGUCUCCCAUCCAAAGUAGCUCCCCGCCAUCGGCUUGGAGUUCCCCUCAUAUAAUAAUCUCGUCAUCAUCCCCAAGUCUUUUGCUUACCUUUAGAUGCCUGGGUUUCGCUCCAGAAUCGCAAGUUGAGCGUGUUCGCGCAACGAAGUUACUCACAUCCCAUUUGUCGGCUCUGUUGAUCCGCCAGAAUGGACACUGCGCAGAACGUAGCCCACCAACAAGCCGUGAGCUGCCCGCCAGAUGCGUUCAACGUUAUAUUGUCAGCCGCCGUUAAUAGCGCCGAUGCCAAGAUGCUUCCCACCCCAGAGGCCGCUUCUGGCUCCAAGCCGCGCACGUCCGACGGGACUACUGACAAGGAUCUCAAAGGCGAGCGGAAUGGAAAGAAGCACAGCAAAUCCAAGUCAAGCAAGUCGGUAAAGGCGGGCAAAGUCCCUGCCAGGACCACAGAAUCAUCGCCCCUCGAAUCCGACUCUAAUGAUGAUGUCGACUCGGAUUCUUCCACAUCGUCGUCGUCGUCGUCUUCGUCUUCAUCUUCGUCCUCAUCUUCCUCUAGCGAUUCCGAAUCAGAAUAUGUAUCUCGUAAGAAGAAGCGGCGCAGCGGGACCAAAAAGCGCCACGACAACCACAAGUCCAGGAAGAAGCCCACGGGUGGUAACAAGCCCACAAGGUUCCUGGCGGGUAAGACAGCUACAGGUUCCGACUCUGAUUCCGACUCGGACUCCGACUCGGGCCGCGACGACAACAUGUCAUCCGAUAUGGACGGUGCUACUAGGGGACUUGGUCCGCGAGGGGAGAUCGCCAGGCUUUCGGCUCAAGUUCAACAGUUGCAGAUGCAACAACAAUUUCAAAUGCAGCAACGGAGUGUCGGGGUUCCUCAAAGUACUCCGUACUCCGGCAGCGUUGUCUACCCCCAUGGGAUCAACUAUGCCGCCGCCUAUCCUAGCCAACCGCCCCUUCCACCCGUUCAAGGCCGUGUUGUAGACCCGGGCACCCGUGGACAGCAUGGUAUGCCCCUCGGACAGAACGGUGGAGGGCGCUGGCCAGUACCACCAGGUCGCCCAGGCCACCUGUUUCCACCGGUUAGGCAUCAUAAGCAGAAGCAGAAACACCGGCGGAACAGAGGUCGACCAGAGUUCAAGCGUGUCGAUCAUGUAUGGGACAAUAAGCUUCACUCAUACAAGCUCCAAGAUACUGCCGAAGUAUCACCAGACACUCAGUACGACGAAUACAUCUUUCACGUCCGUCGCUCGUUCGACUGGGAGGGCAAGUACAAAAACACACACGUGGACAUCAAGAGCAAGCUUCUCCGAGAGUGUUUGCAGGAGGUCAUGGGUAGCAUCAAGGGAGUGAGCCUGGUCGAGGAGACCCCGAAACUGGACCCCAAUAUGCUUUUCCUUUAUCUCGAUGACCUCAAACGGCACCUCAAACAUCUCAGAAAGGCAAAGCCAGCCAAGUCGACUAAACGUAGCCGUAAGAAGGAGCAACGUCGCAUUGAUGAAAAGAAAUCUCAUCUCAAAGUACUCAUCAAAUACAUCAACAAAGACUAUGCGGCGAUCAAGAGCAGUCUUGAUCCCAUGCUCGAGAAUGGGCUUAUAACCUUCGACCUCGUCUGGGCUUUAUGGAAGCCCGGUACGUUGGCUUUUACUACAACCUAUGGGAGUCCCGAUGAACCCCGGGUGUUCAAGGUAGAGUCGGCCGAGAAGCAUUUUGGAAUCAUGAAAGGCGCUUCGUACCUCAUUGACGGCAAGUAUUUUGAGUACGACGGCAAACAGUUUGGUUUUGGUUCUCAGUUCGAGGAAGUCACCGAGUUUCGCGGUGCGAGAAAGAUCACCAGUCUUUCGGUGUACCCCCUGAGCUUCCACAAGACAGAAGAGCAAAUCAGAAAAGAUCUCAUUGAGAGGGGCAAAAAGUUCGUCGCCCUGGCAGGCGUCAACUACCGAGCGCAUCACGGAAUGGCGUAUUACAAGAAGAAGCGGGCGAUCAUCAAGGUCAACAUCAAUGGUCGCAUCAUGAUUGAUCCCAGUAUUCAUCGCCGCAUUAACCCCAACUACCCGAUAUCUCAUAUCCGUCCUAAGGACCACGAUAUCAUUUCGGAUCAGGAAGAUAAUGAUGCGGAUGAGGCCUCGGACUCGGAGGGUGGCAGUGGCCCGCAGAUGGAGUUUGUUACAAAGGCCGUCAAGGAUCCAAACGGCAAGAUACAACUCAUACGCAUGCCAAGAUUCAUGGCCGAGCGCAACCAGGGCAAGGAGAAGCUGGAUCAGGUGCAGGAAAAGGGCGAGGGUGGUGCGGCUCACAAAGCAGAGAAAGCCGAUGGUGGCAAUGAUGAUGCAAGCAGUGAGGAAACAGACGCCAAAAAGGUUCCAGAGUUCAGUGACGAGGAUUAUCUCACCGCAUCCCCUGUAGUUCUUGGGUUUGCCUUUGCUGAGAAGCUGUGGUUGGAGUUUACAGUGUCUGGGGUCAAAGACAUUCAGUGGAACGAGACGGCGUACGAGUCUUUGGUGCUGGAAGCCAAGACCAAGGACAUUGUGAAGGCUCUUGUAGAAUCACACAAAUAUCAUGCCGCCGAAAGCAUUGACGAUGUCAUUCAGGGCAAGGGCAAGGGUUUGGUGGCUGUGCUGCAUGGCCCGCCAGGUACAGGCAAGACUUUGACGGCCGAGGGCAUCAGCGAGCUACUCAAAUGUCCGCUAUACAUGGUCUCAGCAGGUGAGCUAGGCACCGAUUCGCGAUACCUCGAGGCAGAGUUGCAAAAGAUACUCGACAUCUGUCACGCAUGGGGUGCAAUCCUGCUCCUGGAUGAGGCCGACGUCUUUUUGGAGAAGCGUAACAUUGCCGAUAUCCACCGAAAUGCGCUGGUCAGCAUUUUCCUACGCCAGCUCGAAUAUUUCCAGGGUAUUCUAUUCCUCACAACAAACCGCGUUGAGACAUUCGACGACGCGUUCCAAUCACGUAUCCAUAUCGCCCUCCGAUACGACAGGCUGACGCAGCAGGCCAAGAAGGCCAUCUUCAAACUUUUCAUUGAGAGGGUGCGGGUGCUGGAGAAGGCGGAACUGAUGCCGUUUAACGAGUCUGAUUUUGACUCGCUGGCUCGUCAUGACCUCAACGGACGGCAGAUCAAGAACACUGUGGGUACAGCACAGGCCCUGGCUGUCAACCGAGGAGAACCUCUCUCCAUGUCGCACAUAAAGCAGGUGUUGGACGUACAGAUGUCUUUUGAUCGCGACCUGAAGGGAGGAACGGGAUACCAGGAUGCCAUGAGGAGCUACUUUUAGAUUGUCAAGAGGUGACGGAGCUUGCACUUCCGAGUGCAUCAAUCCAGACGAUGAUGCUUGGAUCAGACAUCGUUGUUGGGAUAUCAAAUGUGUUUUUGUGUUUUAUGUUAGGUUGUACGAGGGCUUCGGGUUAUGGCUACUGUUUUUGUUUUGUUUUGUAUUCACAGUUUGUGUACUAGCGAGCGCUAUUUGCAAUUGGAAAUCUGGAAAAUCGUCGACGUAGCUAGUCUUUGGUUACCAUUCAUUGAGCAUUGAGUGUCGGA